CUUCCGGUCACUUCCUCCAAUCGGCCAUAUUCCGCCGAUCUGUCUCAAGUCAGCACCGCAGCCGUUAGCCCAUCAUAGUUUCAUUCAUCGGGGGAUGGUCUUCAUUUUAUUUUGCUUCAACUGAACUAGAGUGAAUCGGGGGAAAGGCAGGUGAUUUUAUCCGGAGACGUUGACAGAAAACCGGCCGAGAUGACGACGCGAUCGGAGAGGGAAAAGGCUCAGAAACUGAACGAACAGCAUCAGGCCAUUCUGUCUAAAAUGCUGAGGGAGGAUGAUAACAAAUACUGCGCCGACUGCGAGGCGAAAGGACCUCGAUGGGCUUCUUGGAAUCUCGGUGUGUUUAUUUGUAUCCGCUGUGCUGGAAUCCACCGGAACCUGGGAGUGCACAUAUCACGCGUCAAAUCAGUCAACCUAGACCAAUGGACCCCCGAGCAGAUACAAAGUGUGGAGAACAUGGGCAACACCAAGGCAAGACAGCUGUAUGAAGCUCAUCUCCCAGAAAAUUUCAGACGGCCACAAACUGACCAAGCUGUGGAGUUCUUCAUCAGGGACAAGUAUGAGAGGAAGAAGUAUUAUGAUAAAAACGCUGUCAAUGGAGCCAUUAAGUCCUCUGAUGCUGCUUUGCCUUCAGUAUCGUCACCCUCUUCGCAAGCGGCUGAGAAAAGCAAGCUUGAGAAGGAAAGAGAAAAGAAAAAGGAGGAGAAGAAGAGGGAAAAGGACACAAAUAAUGGGAACAAGCAAGCAGCUUUUGAGAAGAAAAGAGAAGAUAACCAGAUAGAUUCCAGAGCCAGUCCUAAAAAGAAUGUUGAGCCCGCCAUCGACCUGCUAGGUCUCGAUGCACCCACAACAGGCAGUGGGGUGGGAACAAGCAGUGCUGCUCCAAUCAGUGAUGACCUAGACAUUUUUGGACCAAUGGUAUCCAACCCUCUUCCCUCAAGCACCAACACAAACCAGGCCAAUUCCACUAAGACAGCUGUGAGUGCUCAGUCCGUCUCCUCUGGAGGUCUGGUGGCAGGAGCUGCAGGAACAGGAAGUGCUGUUCCGGCACAAGGAGAUCUGGACCUGUUUAGCGAAAACAGUGGAAGCAGCAAAGCAGAGGACUCGGCCAAGAAACCGCUCUCCAAGGACUCCAUUCUCUCCCUCUACGGCUCCAGCGCCGUCCCACAACAGCCUGCACAAGCGACUGCGAUGUUCAUGGGGCCUUCGCAGAUGCAGUUCCCAGCGCAGCCGCAGGGAAAUUUCCAGGCCUUCCCUGGGAUGGGAGGGGCCAUACCACCCACUACCAUGAUGGGGCCCGUCAUGGGCCAGGGCGGAGCUAUGAUGGGCCAGAACACGGGCAUGAUGGUUGGCAUGACGAUGCCCAAUGGUUUCAUGGGAAAUGCACAGCCGGGGGUGAUGGGCUUGGCCCCGGGCAUGAUGGGACCUCAGGGCAUGGUGCCCCCUCAAAACAUGUAUGCCAUGCAGCCAGGUCAGCAGGGCCAGUGGAAUAUGGCACAGAUUAACCAGCAGAUGUCUGGAGUGAACCUUAACGGUUCCGCUGCUCCGGUGGCGUUCGGCCCACCCGGUGCCACCAUGGGCGGCUGGGUGGCACCGCCCUCCGGUCAGACCCUUAGUACCCAGCUCUGGAAGUAAAUGGAUGAGGGAAGGUGGAUGAACGGGGGGCAAAUCAUCUCUCCAUCUCUCCUCCAGCACCACCUGCACCCAGUUUUAUUCAUGUACUGUUUAUUUCCCUUUUCUCUCCCAUCAUUACCGCUCUGGAGAGCAUCAGCUCAACCUGACCUCUGUGUGUUGAUCAAGUGAGCAGGAGCGUGGAGUUAAAGAGACUGGAAGCUUUGUCCGUCUUAUUUGCAUUUUUUUCUUCUAUAUAUAUAAAUAUAUAUAUUUUUGGGGGGUUCAAAACACACACAUAUCAGCUAUAAAAGCUGCUGGACCAAUUAUACAGGCUUCUCUAAUAAUAUAUCUCUACCAAAUCAAUAGUGAUUAAUAGUAUUUAAAUGACAGAGGUAUGGCUAUCAUAUUUGUGACCACCCCCUCUCUCUUUCCUAACUUCUGUGUCCCAGAACCCUGUAGCGGAUAUCGUAUAGACCCAUGUAAUGUAUGUAUUCAUGAGAAAACCCUCGCCCCCCAACCUAUCACAUCCGUGUAGCUCCACGACAAACUUCAUUAUUACUGUGAUGUUUUAAUGUGUGCGUUACAAAGAAGCACAGUGAGUGAAAAGCAAAUAAACCUGGACGACUUUACAUCUGUUACUGCUAACGGGGGCGGGGAUAUAGAUUAAGGUGAAGCGGGGUUUGUUACAAGCAAAACAUUUUAGCCAGUUUUGGAGAGUAUGGAGUCAACAAAAGCGUGCAAUUAAACACAUGCGAUCCAACGCUGUAGCAGAGCAUUUUUCCGCUGAGACAGGUUCUCUCUGCUGUGCAAUAAUAUAAACAUCUUCAUCUUGUCAUCCAGGUUUAUUUCUAAUGUGUUUACAUUUUCUGGUGCCUAGUACAGAGACAGAAAUGUUAUUUCGUGCAUUAAACAGUGAAUAGCCAUGAACUAUUGUGUGAUCAUUUUGUCUAAUGACGCAUUUAUUGUAAAGUUAUGUUCUCCCGAUUUCACCCAUCCUUUUUUUUUUGCUUUUAAAGAGGAAUAAAGACAGUUGUAAUCCAAA